AGUUUUGCUCAGAAUCCUGAUGAUGAAGCUUUUAUCAAACAGCAUGAAGGCCAUGACCGUCGUCAUGGUGAUGCUGUCUUUCCAUCAGCUCUCCUCCUCAUCGGCUCAGGAGUGUCCAUCCAGUCACGAGCUGCUGAACUCACUGCAGCAGGUGGAGAAGAUGCUGAUGGCCCAUGAGGCAUCAUACCAGCAGGGUCUGCUUUCCCUGAAGAAGAAGCUGGGCGCCUUGCACAACAGCACCAUGGCAAUGGUCAUGAACAGCACGAAAGGAUUCUGCUCCAGACCAGAAUCUCCUGCACAUGGCCAGAGACUGGGCCGGGUGUUUGGUGUUGGACAUGAAGUCCACUUCCUUUGCAAAACAGGCUACGAGCUGAUUGGCCCACGGACACGAGUGUGUCUGGAGUCUUUGAAGUGGAGCGGCCAGCAGCCGAUGUGCAAGCGUUUCAACAUCACCAGCAAGUCCUUGGCUGCCUCUCCUGUUGCUCGGUCCUCCUCACAGCUCUCUGCUUCUUUCAUCUCACCCUCUUCCUCACCAUCUCCUCUCUCGUCUUUGUCACCUACAUCUUCCCCUCCCUCCUUGUCAAUCCGCCAAUCUCACUGCACUCAUUUCCUGGGCUCCACCCGCUGCACCUGUGAUGUUGGUUUCACCAUAUCAGGCCACGACAGCAACACCUGCACAGAUAUUGACGAGUGUCAUCUUUUUCCUCUGGGUGCCCCUGGACAUCUCUGUGUCCAUCAGUGCGCCAACACGCCUGGAAGCUUCCACUGCUCCUGUCCAACAGGAUACAACCUCAACAAGGAUGUCCGCAGCUGCACAGACGUUGACGAGUGCGAGAGUCACACACACAACUGCACAGCGGAUCAGGUGUGCGUGAACACGUACGGCGCUUUCCAGUGUGUGAAGGUAGAAUGUCCCCACAUGGAAAAUGCCACGUACGUGAAGACGUCACCAAUGCGCUGUGAGAGGAACCCGUGCAUGCUGGGCGAUAACGCGUGCACUCAGGCACCAAAUUCCAUCUCCUUCCACUUCCUGUCUGUGGUCUCCAACAUGUCCGCUCCACGCGUGCUCUUCAGGGUGUCAGCCGCCCGCCCGCUGGGCGACACCCUGCGCUUCGGCCUGGCAGGAGGCCGUGGGCGGGGACAUCUCAGCGUGCAGCGGUCCGGCCGUCAGACGGGGACCCUCCUCCUGGUCACACCCAUCCAGGGUCCUGCCACGCUGGAGGCUGAGGUGGAGAUGAGCGAGCUGGAGCGCCACGCCCUGUUGGGCCGCUACCUGACUAAAGUCACGCUGUUUGUGUCCCCAUACGAGUUUUAGGAGCAGAAAUAGCAGCGUAGAGAUGAAACAACACUCAGAAUCCAGCCUCGGUGAAUCAUCACCGACACAGAGGUAUGGUGGACAUCCAGGGUGGCAGCUGGGGCCACGCAGGGGUCAGAAAGGAAAAAAAAAUGCUCUAGUUUUACUAAGAAGUGAUGCAGAUUAUUAGCCUAGUUAACAGGGUUUUAUAAAGAACUAGUAUGCACAAUCUGUCAUGUUUAGUUGUCAUGUUACAGGUUAAAUACGUCACAGGUUAAACACGUCGUACGUCACGUCAUAGACUCCAACGGAUGUCGAUCUUGUUUGACAUUUACUUUGGAGACCAAAUAUUCAGCACCAUCAAAACUAUUCCAGUUGUUAAUCCUCUUAGUUCAACCAAUAGUUUUCACCAAAUUUUACCAAAAUUGGAGGAACUUUAACCUUUGACCCCUGCACAAACU